AUGGAGUCCGUAAAAUUCUUCUUUUUGGUACUCUUUGUAAUGAUUAAUAUCGUUGCAGCAUCAUAUACAGAUGCCACUGAUGAUGACUCAAAGAUGUUAAACGAUCCAACAUCGGUUGAAACUGAAAGGACAAUUUCUUUGCGAGGGGUGAGCCGUUUCCUAGCUCAACAAAACCUGCCAGCAAAUUAUACUUGCAACAAAUUCCCCAGGGUUUGUCGUUUGAAGGGUAGUUCCGGACCAGAUUGCUGCAAGAAGAAAUGUGUCAAUGUGAAGACAGAUCGCUUGAACUGCGGGAUGUGUGGCUACAAGUGCAAGUACACAGAGAUAUGUUGUGGAGGGAAAUGUGUGAAUGCAUUCUGUCACAGAAUGCAUUGUGGAGGGUGCCAUAACAAGUGCAAGAAGGGGAAGUUCUGCACGUAUGGGAUGUGCAGUUACGCCUAA